AUGUCAUUCUUGAACGACGCUGAAUUCAGCAAGAUGUACUUCUAUCCGCAGGACAUCCGUUGCGAGUCGGCAAUAGACGUAGCCGUCAACGGAGUAACCUUACGAUGCGUAUACCAUCAAAGUGAUCCAAGCCUGCCAACGCUGAUUCACUUUCACGGCAACGGCGAAGCGGUUGAGCACUACGUUCAGAUGGGCUAUGUGCCGAAGUUGAUAGCCGAAGUUGGCGACAUGAAUAUCUUGCUGGUCGAGUAUCGUGGAUAUGGAGGAAGCACGGGUGAUCCGCAACUGGUGGCCAUGCUGGAAGACGGAGAAGCCCUAGUUCAUGCGUUGAAUCUUGAUCCGAUUCGGUGUGUGGCUUAUGGCAGAUCGAUCGGUUCGCUGUAUGCCUUGGAACUGGCUAGCCGCUUUCCUAAUCUGGGAGGGCUGUUCCUUGAUAGUGCCAUUGCCGACGUGCAGUACCCUUUUAUGAUUCGACUGUUGGAUGAACUCCUUACGCCGGAGGGCAUGGAGCGACGGCAGCAGAUUCUGGCUGAGGUAAAUCGUUACUUCAGUCAUCAAUCCAAGAUCGCAAACUUCCGGGGUAAGUUGGUCAUUUGCCAUACGGAGCGCGACCAGAUCAUUCACGUUGAAGAUGCUAAGCAGCUUUACAUGUGGGCGAGCACCUUCAAGAAAGAGCUGCGAAUCUACCGGGAAGGCGAUCACAACUCGAUCUUCCAUUUCAACAGCCGCGACAUGCUGUUUGCUUUGAAGCGACUCAUGGCUUCGAUUGCUCCACAAUGUUAUUCAUUGCCGGAGACAUCAGACGAAGAGUUGAUCAUGGCAGCUUUACUGCCAGGUGAGAAGUAUCGGCGAGAGGCCGACGUGUUUUCUCCUGCGUUGCCGGAGUGGGGUGACCCGUACAAGCGACCAACUCCUAAAUGGAUGAAGCCGCUGCCCGACGUUGAUCAGAUUCGACGACCAACCGAAGCACCGGUUGUAAGAAGUGAGCCGAGUCCGAAGCGAAAUGUAUUCGAGAGACUUAGUAACUGGUUCGUGAAGAAAUGA